AUGCCGAAAAGACGAAACAUUGUUGCCAUUCUACUGAUCCUAUUGCCUUGGAUCUUACUCAUCUAUGUUUGGGACGACAGCACCAGCCCCCCUCUUCUUGCAAGACUUAAGGGUAAGAAAACUGAAGGGAGACACAGAGGCAGUCCAAGCUCCAGCAAUACCUUUGCUAACAAAGAGUCCCGCUCACAGAACAUAUUCGAGGUGGUGCGUUCUAAGGAUGUCUAUGCCAAGCCACUACCCAAUUCUGACAUCCUGCCAACCGUCCAUGUCAUCACCCCUACCUACCGGCGGCCGAUGCAGAAGGCUGACCUCACUCGUCUAGCCAACACUUUGCUCCAUGUGGCCAACCUGCACUGGAUCGUGGUGGAGGACUCGCAAAAGAGGACAGCUCUGGUUAGUCGUCUCCUCCAUGAGACGGAACUCAAUUACACGCACCUAAACGUGCAGACGCCUCAGAACUUCAUUACGUAUGGUCGCCCAGAUCCUAAAUUCCCAAGGGGGACCUUACAAAGAAACCUGGCUUUGCGGUGGCUUCGAGAGACCUUCAAUGUAUACAAAACCCAGCCAGGCAUCGUCUACUUUGCCGAUGAUGACAACGCUUACAGCCUGAAAGUAUUUGAGGAGAUGCGAUCUACCAGAAAGGUCUCUGUGUGGCCCGUUGCAUUUGUUGGGGGCCUUCGCUACGAGUCCCCCAAGGUAAACAGCUUGGGAAAGGUGUAUGGCUGGAAGGUUGUAUAUGACCCACAUCGACCCUUUGCCAUUGACAUGGCUGGCUUUGCAAUAAACCUGCACCUCAUCCUGUCAAAGCCUCAGGCAUAUUUCAAGCUAGAUGCAAAGGGAGGUUACCAGGAGAGCAGUUUGUUAACGGAGCUGGUCACCCUCAACGAUCUGGAGCCUAAAGCAGAAAACUGCACUAAGAUAUUAGUGUGGCACACUCGUACAGAAAGGCCUUUACUGGUAAAUGAAGGAAAGAAAGGAUUUACAGACUCGAAUGUGGAGAUAUGACAUCCGCUACCCAAAACAGAUGAGAUGGCAGAUGGUCUCCUGGGGCAUCUCCUCCAAG